AGAGCUUCACGCAGGCUGUUGAUAUCAGGACAGGGGAGCAUUAGGAGCCAAACGUGAGGGAGGGAGGGAGCGAGCAAAGCAAAGCAAAGCUGGGUGGAAAAUAAUUGUUUGCUUCGCUCAACUGACGCUUCCAGAAUUCACUUGAGCGAGGCUUUUAGCUUUUGGCACAGACGAACAAGCGCAGCUCGGUUUGUGGUUAUUUAAUGGGGCAACAAGGUAGGCUACCGCGGCUGUCGCCAGCACUGCAACUUUAUUUUCACGGACUAAUGCGACGUACAGGCGCUGUAUAACUGCCUCUCGGCGAGGCAUAUCGCACGUCUUCGAAGACCAUGUCGGUGUUUGAAUACAAGCUGGUCAUCUAACCUGCAUUUUUGUAGUACAAAGCGCGCGAACGCUUAACUUCGAUCAGGCUACCUCUUUUCAUGCCGAACCACCACAUGAGAGGUCGACGUCGAUAAGACCACAGACAGACAAAGCCCCCCUCUGUUUUUAAAAUAUUACUUUGGAGUCACCUGAAUCUACGUGGGGGAAAUGCCUUUGGGGUUGUUCUGGAUGUGUUUGUGGUGCUUUCUUCGUCCUGGAGCCACCGGUCAAGGACAGUCGACUCCGGCUGUUUGUUCCCCCUCAUGUAGCUGUGAUGAAGAUGGAGGUGCGGACUGCUCAGGGAGAGGACUGACCACCGUCCCGGCUGGCCUCAGUGCUUUUACCUACUACCUAGAUCUGAGCAUGAAUAACAUCACUGAGCUUCCAGCAAAUGUUUUCAAGAACUUCCCUUAUCUGGAGGAACUGAGACUUGCAGGUAAUGAUUUAUCCUUCAUCCACCCUGAAGCCCUGUCUGGACUGCAUCAACUCAAAGUCCUGAUGCUCCAGAACAAUCAACUUAAGACUGUACCAAGCGCUGCUCUGAAGAACCUUCAUUUUCUCCAGUCUCUUCGACUAGAUGCAAACCACAUUACUACAGUUCCAGAUGACAGUUUUGAGGGUCUUCAGCAACUGCGACAUCUAUGGUUGGAUGACAACAACCUUACAGAGGUCCCAAUUGGUUCAUUACAGCACCAAGCAAAUCUACAAGCACUGACGUUGGCACUCAACCGCAUCUUGUACAUACCAGACAACGCCUUUGCAAACCUCACCAGCCUAGUUGUACUGCAUCUUCACAAUAACAGAAUUACAGAGAUUGGCAACAAAUGCUUCACCGGUCUUAUGAACCUGGAAACACUGGAUCUUAACUUUAACAACCUGAUUGUUUUUCCCAAAGCAAUUGAAGCCCUUCCCAAACUGAAAGAACUGGGGUUCCAUAGCAAUGAUAUUGCUUCUAUACCUGAAGGGGCUUUUCAUAACAACCCCCUGCUGCGAACCAUACAUUUCUAUGACAACCCUCUGUCAUUUGUGGGUGCAACGGCUUUCCAGAAUUUAUCUGACCUCCACUCUCUAAUGCUGCGUGGGGCAGGCAUGAUGCAUGACUUCCCUAUCCUCACAUGGACAAACAACAUUGAGAGCCUGACACUGUCGGGGACCAAGAUAUCAUCCGUCCCCACUGAUUUGUGUGAAGAUCUCAAGCUUCUAAGGACACUAGAUUUAUCCUACAAUGAGAUCAAGGAGUUACCAUUCCUUCAGGGCUGUGUCCAACUGCAGGAGAUAAGCUUUCAACACAACCAGAUUGAACGAAUAGGAAGGGAACAUUUUCAAGGUCUUACUGCUCUUCGUUUACUAGACCUGAGUAGGAAUAAAAUCCAAUUUAUCCACAGAGAUGCUUUUCUUACCCUUUCUGCUCUCACUAACCUAGAUCUGACUAUGAACUAUCUGACUGCGUUUCCAACGGCUGGGCUCGGUGUCCUUACUCAACUGAAACUCUCAGGGAACCCACAGAUGAAAAAUGUGCUGACUGUGAAGCAGUUACCCAAACUUAGAUAUGUCUCUGUUCCUUAUGCCUAUCAAUGUUGCGCAUUUGUUGGAUGUGACUCAGUGACAAGUUCUUGUGAGGAACGUGACGUCAAGAGAUCAGCAGGUGAAGAGGAUGUGGAACAAAAUCCAAUGAUUAUGCAUUGCUCUCCUUCACCAGGAGCCUUCAAGCCUUGUGAGAAUCUCUUAGGCAACUGGAUGAUUCGCCUGACGGUGUGGUUCAUCUGCUUGGUGUCGCUGGUUUUUAACAGUCUAGUGCUGGUUGCCACCUUCUCCCCCACACACUGCUUCUUAGCCCGCUCUCAUUGGCGAAUUGCAUCCAUCCCCUCAGCCAGAUUGUUGAUGGGCCUUCUCGCCUUGGCAAACCUGCUCACAGGCCUUUAUGUAGGGGUGCUGACCAUGCUGGACGUCGCCACAUGGGGGUCGUUUGCCGAGUUUGGCGUUUGGUGGGAAAUGGGGCCCGGCUGCCAGUUUACAGGGUCUCUUGCGGUCUUCUCCUCGGAGUGGGCAGUAUUGUUGCUCUUACUGGCAGCGGUAGAGCGAAGCGUGUCCGUACGGGACAUUCUCGGCAAAGCGAUGACAUCGCCCAGGAGGAGCGGCUUCAGCCGCAGAGGAUGCUGGAGACGAGAGCGACGCUUCGGCCUGGCCGCCGGCGUGGCGGCCUUGCUCGCUGGCGGCGCCGCCUGUCUACCUCUACUGACGUUCGGCGAACGGUCUGCCUCGCCUCUCUGCCUACCCUUCGCCGGGGCGGAGAGUCCAGCCCUAAGCGUCACCGUUGUUCUGGUGCUGCUUAACGCCCUGGCUUACCUGUUCACUGCGGCCGUAUACACUCAGCUGUACUGUCACCUGGGGAGGGUGGAACUGGUUGACCCAGAGCAGACGGGCGCUCUACGUCACGUAGCUUGGCUCAUCUUCACCAACUGCAUCUUCUUUUGUCCUGUGGCCGCUUUCUCAUUUGCCCCCCUCUUAACCGGAUCUACCGCCGGAGGCCCGGAGAUCGCCAAGUCCGUCACUCUGAUUUUCUUUCCGCUCUCAGCGUGCCUCAACCCGGUUCUCUAUGUUUUCUUCAGCCCGGCCUUCCGGCAGGACUGGCUGAGGUUACGCAGUUGUCGACGUCUGAGCAGGGGGAAGAAGCAAACUGGAGGCGACAGCCACGGAGACGUCGGCGGUGGCGACUCUGAGCUGACGGGUGGAGGCUCCUCCGCUCAGUUCAACUUUGACUGUGGAGUUUACUCUCAACUUUGUGGAGAAGUGGUUUUGUGCGAGGAGUGUGAGGCGUCGCUGCAUGCCAAGACCUGCUCUUCCCUCUCGUCCUCCGCUGUCUGCAGACACUUGGUGAAAUCUCACAGCUGUCCCACCCUCUUGACAGGAGGGGCAGCGUGCCAGCGCGCUGAGGGAUUCUGGCCGGAGAGCGGCACGCCGUCGGCUCAGUCCGAAUACGCCGACGAGGGGGACUCGUUCGUCUCUGACAGCUCGGACCAAGUUCAGGCGUGUGGCAGAGCCUGCUUCUGCCAGAGUAAAGGCCUUCCUCUAGUAAACUACUCGUACAGCAUACCUCGAGUCAAAGACUAAGGCCGCUUCGGCACUCUGUCAAAUCUGCGUGCAAAAAUCUACGUAACCAGUUCACAAGGAGACAGGCCUUGUUGAAAGGGGACAACGAGCACUUAUGUUUGUUUUUUUAACAGAGCAAACACACACAAGCAUUCAUCUAAAGGGAACUUUGGAUUUAAUAUAUGUGGAGGAGAUUGUUCAAACUGGCCAAUGAACGGAAGUUGCAGAGGACGUCUCACCAGCUGUGCCUGUUUUCGUGCCUGUACUUGCGGUUUCUCUAUGUGCGCCCAUGACCCUUUUUCAAUGUAGCUGGAAUGUAAGCCCUAACAAAUGUUUAAGCGUCUCAUUAGCAAAUGUUUAUUUUGUACAACAACAGUUUUGUUUUUCAAAUCAUAAAUGUUGCAAACAACUGUAGUUUGUGAAUGUAUGAGUCUGGUGGUCUCCACCUUAAAGAUGAAAUAAUGGUCUGCUACCUGCCCGUAACUGUGACUGUGUGAAACGGUGUGCUAAUGCUAUGAGAGGCUAUAGGUCUCAACUUCACACUUACUUGUAUUAAGUCACCAAGACUAAGAAUGUGAUCUGAGUAGCAAAUAUCACUGUUUUGAGCAACAGCUCACAUUGCUUGUUAUGAGCGCUGCUCUUAUUUAUUGUUUGAGCGACAGCAAUAUUUGGAUGCAGGUGGUGUCAUUUGUUUGAAAGGGCAACCUUGUUUAAUUACCAGCCUUUGUUGGGCUGUUGCUAAUGGUAUAAACUGCAUCCCCACAUAUUUGUGCUCACAGAACCAAGUCUGUUUUUUUUUUUUCUUUUCUCAACUUUUUUUAAAACAAAUUUUUAAUUAUUUCUUUAUUUUUGGGUGCCAACCAGUUAAAAAAAAAAAAACACUGAGGCAAUUUAUCAGCGCUUAUGUGGGGAUUUUCUCUAUUUGGCGUGAGGCCUGGUCACUAGCACAAAUAGCGGGAGUCCACUUAUAUCCUUAAAAUGCAUAAACUGGUACAUGUAAAUAUUUUUUGUUCCUAAUCAGACUUUUUCAAAUGUUUUUUGUAUUCUAAAAACCUGUCAUGUUGCUUAUGAUAAAGCUAAGUUCAGAAUUUAACCCUUUAUAGGGCAAGUUUUUAUUUUUAUUUUUUCUAUUAACCCCUUAAAGACCUCGAAGACCUCACGUUUUGGGUUAUGUGGGCAACAACAUUUGCUAAACAAGUGUGACCUACAUGAACCAAAAUGUGAUGUCCACAUAUGUGGACACCAGGUCUCAAUAUUAUAUAUAGUGGAAAACACUCAGGUGACUUGAAGUUCCACUCUGAGACCCCCAUUUUGGCCAAAUUUCCGAAUUGUCCUAUAUGCAUGUGUAAUACAUCAUUGGAAAGCUUAAAAUCUCAAUAUUCCGGGGGAGGAAAAAAUUUUAACAGGAGGGCAUUUAAAAAAAAAAAAAAAAAAAAAAAAAAAUUAACCUCUAAACCCUAACUCGAGGUGAGAGCAUGAGAGAGCAUAAUUAAAGACACCAUGAUUUUAACGAGAUAUUAUCACGUACUUACCUUGUUUUGAUCCCAAAACUCCAUGUAACAUGUCUCACCAAGUGUCAUGACACAGCUGUGAAUGGCCACAGCCAGACUUUUUGGUGGAUUUUUUUGGGUGAAACAUGGUCAUAUCACAAGGGUCGUGAUGGAGAAAUCGCAAACAUCAAGGAGUGGUCGAGAUUUUCUUUUUCAAAUAUUUAUCCUUUUUAAAACUUUCUUUUUUUCUUUGUUCGGAUCGAUUAUCAUCUAAAAUAUUGGGGAAAUUGUGACGGUAACAAAAAAAAAAAAAAUACAAUUAAGCGAUAGUUAUGAGGUAAAUAUCCGUGACCUAUUUACAGACAUUUUUUUAAAAUUUUGAAGUACUAUGUUUAAAACUUGAAAUAUGAGAGUGAAUAAUUUUAUAAAGUCGUGUUUUUUUUUUAACUAAAUAUUAGACAUCAAUUAAUGAUUCUGAACUAAAAACUAUAGACAUUUCAAAUAAUAUGAUUACUUAGCUUCUUUUCAUGGCUGGGUUAAAACAAAAGCGGUUGCGUGGUGUCUGUAAAUGGGGUCUCCAGGGUAAAACGGACAAAUUAAAAAUAGUUUGGGGGCUAAAUGCGCCAUGAAACUGCUAUGGCAGCAUAUAGACAUAUUGUUCUAUCAAACACAACACAACUUUUGGCUUAAAAUACAGCAGUUUAUUUUAAAGAGGGGUGCAAGAGCAGAAACUACUUUUUCAGCCUUGUCCGUGUUUUCCGCUAUAUAUGUACUAUAUAUAUAUAUAUAUGUAUGUAUAUUUUUCCCCCUCAUUAAUCACUGUUUUUUUGUUGUUGUUGUUUUUGUUUCCCCAUUUUAAAAAAAUACACUGGUUAUGGCCUCCAAUAAUGCUCUAAAGUUGUUGGAAGACUGGCUGUGAAUGCUCAUCUUUCAGUGCCAUUGAUGGCGCUAGACGUGUAUUCCAAUUUGACUGUCAGGGCUGGGAGCAAUCAUUCGCUGUCAGCCUCGCAGUCAAAAUGGAUUGGACGUCUGCCGCUGUCAGUGGCAGUCAAUGAAUUAAAUGAGUGACCUAUAAAGGGUUAAUGCAGAAUGUUGCACUUUUGCAGUCUGGUUAAUAUAGUUGCUUCUCACAAAUUGCACCCAGUCAAUGCUCAAUUAAAGGUUAAUCACAGUUAAGACUUGUUACGCACAUAUGCGUAGUGCAAAUGAACACAUGAUAUAAUGUAAAACAAGGUUCUUCAAAUCUGUUUCACGACAACACAUCAUUAUAAAGUACGAUAGAGCAUUUGAUCAUAUUUUAGAAUGAUCAAAGUGGUCUGAAGAGCAUUGCUUGAAUGUGAAACAUAUUAAUCUCAUUUCCAAGCCCAUUCACGUGCAAGGACUUGGCUGAGGUUGUUUUACACAUUAAGUGGGUACCACCCUCGGAGCAUGUAUCUACAAGUGCUCAGGAAUUCAUCCAAUGGAACGUUGUUGUCUCUGCCAUCAAGACAAUCUGGUGUCUUUUAAGUGAAUCUUUUUUUUGUCCUUUGGGUGCUCAUGUAAGCAUUGUCUAGACUCUUAUCUGUCGCACCUGCCAAAAUUUCAUUUGAUCAAAAUGCUUCUCUCCUUACUGGUGGAAAUUUACAGGUGUUUUCAUAGUUAACUUGAUGUAUGUUAAGAAAUCUAGGUGUUAAUGUCUAUUUUUGUAGCUGUUUAUAAAUUAUUUGAAAAAAAAAAAAAAAAAAUUCAAGACUGGGAUGCUGUUCUAGGAAGCUACCUCCUCGAUUGUAUUUAGCAGCAGUUCUUUACACAAGAAAUCCCUUUUGCCCUCUUGUUGACGUCCCUGAUUUUAUGUUGACCCUUGUGUUUGAACAUAUUUAGUGCUUUUUGUGGGAGGAAUCUUUACUGUAUACUGUGAUUUUUUUUUUUUUUUAAGUGUUAACCAAACUAUACACCAAUUUUGUUUUAUAGACAAUUAUGCUGACAUAAUACUCGGCAAUUUCUUUUCUUGUUCUUUUUAUGAGAUCUUCCCAGGCUUGUUUUAUCUGCUCAUUUAGCAAAAAAAUGUGAAUAAAUCUUGACAAACA